AUGAUUGGAGCUCACCGUACAAGAACCACCGCCUACCAUCCACAAUAUAACGGCAUGAUAGAGCGAUGGCAUCAAUCGCUAAAAGCUGCUAUCAUGUGCCACGCUCAACCACCAGGGAACUGGACGGAAAUCCUGCCCACUGUUCUUCUCGGACUAAGGACCAGCCUUAAAGAAGGCAUCAACGCAUCAACAGCGGAGAUGGUGUAUGGCAAAACGCUAAGGAUACCCGGCAAAUUUUUCAUCGGCAAAGAACCUUCGAUUGAACCGCAAAUAUUCCUUGAAAAACACCGACUUCACAUGCGGAAGAUACGUUCUGCACCUAAAGCUCAUCACAACAAAGCCAAGUCAUUUGUACACAAAAACCUUCACACUUGCACUCACGUAUUCGUCAAAACCGAAGGAAAAAAAUUUCUCGAACCGCCAUACAAAGGACCGUACAAGAUCAUCAAACAAAUUUCAGAGCGAAUUUUCAAAUUUGAUAUCAAUGGAGAACAGAAAACUGUCACCACCGAGCGAGUAAAACCAGCAUUUUUAAAAAACGACGUCUCAGAGCAACAAUCAUCUACUCCAUCGACUUUAGAUUCAGCAAGUCGAUCUAUUCUAAAGACUUAUCCAAGUGCCAAAGACAAAACAACUACAAAAAAAAGUGUUCAAUUCGCGCUGUGA